AUGGAAAACGUGGAAUUCAAGCUUGAAUAUGCUCCAGAUCUACGAUGUCAGCAGAAAAAUCAGGUAGUUCCAGUGUGCCAAAAAUGUGAAACUUGUGUUUUAGCUUGGAAAAUUUUCUCCACCAAGGAGUGGUUUUGGAGGAUUAGUGGCAAGUCUCGGCAGCAGUUUCUUGUAAGGAUUCUGAAGCAGCUGAAAAGUUUGGAUUUACUGUAUUAUUUCCAGAGACUACUCAGUACAUCUCUUGCAAAGGAUUUCACCUAUUUUAGGUCACGGGCCAUUAUCAACCAGCAAGGUGAUCAUAAUGGGACAUGCUCUGGAAUAAAGAGAGUGGAUGAAAAGAAGAAAGAUAUGAUGUUGGACACUCUGCGAUGGUUUGCAAAUUCUUCCCAUCGUAUGAAAGUCAAUUACAUCCUGCUACUUCUACAAAUGUGCGACUGCCAAUUAUUAUUCUUGGCUGCCAGCGUGGUCCAUAUCCUCUUUUUGAGAGAGCAAAGGAUAAGUGGAGCGUCCUUAGAAGAGGUCUCAGAAGUUUCAUUAUUUCCAGAGAGCCUUAAGGAAGCCUUUUACAACUAUGAGAUCCCCUACUCUAGACCGCAUGCCUAUUCUUUUUCCAGAGUCUCAGGAAGCCCAGGCUUAUUAGAUGUCAAGCACCAGGAAGACUACCACACUGGUGAUGGAAGAUUACAUCCUGAUUUACUUCCUCUGCCUGGGGAGAUGUUCUCCAAGAGAAUAGAUGUUACUACAGAAGAUAAGCAUAUCCCUUAUUAUGCUUCCUACAGGCAGCAGUUACCUGAAAUUAGCAAGGAAAAAGACUUCAUUCGAUGCUUGCCUGUCCACAUCUCCAAAUACAUUUUAGGGCUUCUAGACAAAAAAACCCUGAACAAGUGUCUUCUUGUAAGCCGGCACUGGGCUCUGCUGGCGGAGCAGGUCCGAAAAGAUCAUUCAACACAUCAGUAUGUUGAGAAUGAGAUUGCACUCCUUCAGGAAACUUAUUCUAAAGGGAUAUACCCUAACUAUGCCGGUAGACCAAUGAUCCCAGUUCCCAAGAUAGAAGAAGAAGAAAAAAGCACCUCCCACUCAAAAGCUUCAAAAUGGAAAGUGAAACCAAAGGCUGAAUACAGUAUAUGGGCAGCGUACCAGGGCCAGGAGACUGUAAUGGUUCAAAUGGAAGAGAGAAACGUCUUUUGUGGCAACCAUACCACCCAUAUCCUUUGUGACACGUGGGACAAUACCAGAGUCAUUCACUAUUGUGGUGGAAAAUAUGUCGUAGAAUCUGCCCACCGAAAGAUAGAGCUGAAGGAUAUUAAUCAAAGAAAACUGAUGCCUGUUUUUUUUCGAGGACAUACAGGGAGUAUUCGGGCACUAAUACUCUGUGAGAAAGAAUCUUUAGUAGUGAGUGGGAGUUAUGAUUUGACUAUCAGAUGCUGGAACAUUGACUCUGGACUUUGCACAAAAAUCUUUAUUGGCCAUAAUGGCACAAUCACUUGCUUGGAUCUACAUGAGAAAAAACUUGUAUCAGGAUCAAGGGACUGCCAGGUAAAAGUGUGGGACAUGAACUCUGGGAAAUGUCUGAAGACUUUCAAACAUAAAGAUCCCAUCUGGACUGUAAAGAUGAGUAGUACCCAUAUUGUGAGUGGCUGUGAGCGAGGCCUGGUGAAAGUAUGGCAUAUAGUAUCAGCCACACUGGUUAAGAUUCUUAAGGGCCAUGAAGGACCAGUUAAAUGCCUGUGUUUUGAUGAGUGGCAUCUCCUGACAGGAAGCAAUGAUGGUUUUGUUAUUGGCUGGAGCAUGGUGGGGAAAUAUGAGCGAUGUCUCAUGGCAUUCAAACAUCCAAGGGAGGUACUCUGUGUGGCCUUCCUCUAUCUCCGGGUAAUCAGCGGUUGUGCUGAUGGAAAGAUCCGCAUAUUUAACUUCUUGACGGGGACCUGUCUGAAGGUGAUGAAAGCCAAUUGCAGAGGUGACCCAGUGCUGUCCUUCUUUAUUGAGGGCAACAGGAUGGUGAUCAAUACAGAAGGCAACAUUGUGAUGUUCCAGUUUGAGGAAAUUAAAUGGCAGUAUCACACAGACAAGAAUAAAGCUUUUGUCAAGAAACCCAAGGAGAAGGAAAAGGAAGACAUUGUUUCCUCUUCAAAGGAUCACAGAACCAGUCAUCCAAAGACAUUCCAUGAAACUGAAGCUAAACAUCAUGGUGACACCUUUCAAAUCCAGCAGCCAACAACUACUGAUACUUCAGAAGUAGGUCACCAACGAUUAAAGAAACAGGGAUUACAAUUGCCUCUCUCACCUGAUCAGCUUCUUCUGACUGUCAGCUCUCUGCAGCAAGCUCACAUAGAAAAUAAUGCUGACCAUCUCCAAAUCCCCAAAAUUAAUGUCCGCGAUGCCUGGGGACCUGCAGUACUCCAACAGGAAACCUCAAGUAACUUUCUAGACGUAAAAGGUAUGUCACUUCUACCAGGGGUAGCAGAACAGGCUGCUCAGAUCAAGAAGCUGAAAUCUGCCAGUAUGGCUCCAGGUUUAAGAAGAACUAGCACUCCAUAUGAAAUCCAAAAAUUGAAGCCCAACUUAAAGAAAUCCUUACACAACUCUAAGGUAUGCACUCACAUCCCACAGCCCGUUAUAGUUCGUCCUAAGUCUUGUGGAACCUUCAAGGAUGGAGAAGAAAAAUCACAAGCGAAGCAAUUUUCCUUUGUGGAUGGUCAGGUACAAAAGAUAGGUAACCUGACUAGCACACAGAUCAUCAAACCAAAUCGAAUGGUUAUUCGAAAUACAGGAGAGGUCUCAUAUCCCCGGAUGAAGCCAGCCUCUUACACUGUAACAGCCAAUCCCUAUCGGAUUAAUACUGGGUUCAUGCUACUGACAGUGAAACAAAAGAAAGAAUACAAUGAAGCCAAAAUGAUGGAGUAUCAGAACAUGAAAUCCACUGGGAUAGCCAAUCCUGACAAAGCAAGCAAAGUAGCCUGGCUCAGGAAGAUAAAAAGUCUAUCUAUAGAUGACUUCAUGAAGAAAGGGAAAACAGCAGCCCCUGAAUUUGGACAUAACACAUUUAUCUGAAUGUUAGCCACAAAAAGCAACCUGCC